CAAGCCAAACAAUACAGCCAAAAGGAUAACGGAUAAUGGAGAAUGGUGGAAGCGCAAAGCGAGUGAAGGGGCGGAAGGUUGGAGUUGUAGAUUGUAGAGGGAGCCAACGAUGGCCGCUCUCAGCAUCGCAUCUGCGAGCGUAUUCGGAAGGAGUGGGGGGAGAGGACUCAGUUCCACUUCGACUUCGCGUUCGCGACCCAGAAUUUUCUGUGUUGGAUGGGACCCCGAACGCCUAUAUGGGCCGCCACAGACGGGACACCUAGCUCGAAGAGAGUUUCAGAGACGUCUUGAGAAAGAUGCUGAAGCUCGGGAAGCCUUCCAAACCCAUGUCCGCGAAGAACAAGAGCGUCGCCGAGCUCUUCGUCAGUCUCGCGAAUUGCCAGACACACCAGCAGAGACAAUAGAGUAUUUUCUGGAUACUGAAGCUCAGGAGCUUGAAUUCGAGAUUGCGAGGUUAAGGCAUAAAUUGAAUCAGGAGUUUUUCGCACACAUGCAAUUUGAGUUGGGCCAACUAAGAUUUGCUGUGCCAAGAACUGAGGCUAUGGAAGACAGAUUGGCUGAGCUCGAGACAAUGCAAAAGGUUCUGCUUGAAGGAACAGAAGCUUAUGAUAAAAUGCAAGCGGACAUCAUUAAGGCGAAAGAAAGCCUAACCAAGAUUUUGACAUCUAAGGAUGUCAAAGCAACUUUAUUGGAGAUGGUUGAGCGAAAUAAACUCAAUAGAUCAUUACUGACACUCCUUGAUGAAAACAUAGCAAAUGCUCACAAGAGUGGCCAGAAACAAGCAGCAGAAUUCAUGGAGAAAGUCCGUGGAGCUGUUCUCAAGUACAUUACAGUUUGAAGUCCAGGUGGGAACCUGUAAAUACCUGCCCUCUCUGUCUUCACGGGUAGUCCCAACAAGUUUGGCUCAAGAGCUUCUUGCAUUUCCACAUUGCAUAAAAAAGGCUAAAUUUCUGCAUCAACAGAGUUAAGGUUGAUAAAUUAUUGUACUCAGAUUUCAGACACAGUCCAUGAUAGGUAAAAAGGAAGGGAAAAGAAAGGAUUACAUAAGGCUUUUUGUAUUGAUUUCUGUUCUUCUAUCCCUUUUUUGAAGGAUCAAGUUGAUUAUUGUUCUAUGCUUUAUGUUCAAAGUUGACUCCUACCUCAAAUCCAUAUUAAGAUCAUACAUUGGAUGUACUUCCCUCAA